AUGUGUCAGAACUUCUUCAUUGACAGCUGUGCUGCUCACAGCCCCUACAUUGUAAAGGACAGUGCAGUGAACAAAGGGCAUCCCAACCGUUCAGCCCUCAGUCUGCCCCCGGGGCUGAGAAUUGGGCCAUCAGGCAUCCCUCAGGCUGGGCUUGGAGUAUGGAACGAGGCAUCUGAUCUGCUGCUGGGUCUGCACUUUGGCCCCUAUGAGGGCCGAAUUACAGAAGAGGCAGCCAACAAUGGAUACUCCUGGCUGAUCACCAAGGGGAGAAACUGCUAUGAGUAUGUGGAUGGAAAAGAUAAAUCCUGGGCCAACUGGAUGAGGGAAGGCCAAACCAAAGCCAGAGAUCUAUCCAUGUCCCUCAUGCUGUCUGACCUUUUCAAGUCAGAAAUUUCUCAGUCAACAUGUGGAACGCAAUCACUCCUCUCAGAACUUCCCAGGACCAUCUGCAAGAAAACUCCUCCAACCAGAGAACCCCUGCCCAGGGGAUCAGAAUCAGCAAUAUUCUGA